GUUGGACAGCAUGGUCACUCGUGACCCGUUCACGUCUGAUGCGGGAUAUGUCGAACUGCUGUCUCGCCAGUGACAAGUGUCGCGCCCGCUGUCGCGGGCCGUUAGGGCCGAACCAGUUGCGACACUGUAGCUGCGGACGCUGUACUGGUCGUAGCCGGUGCAAAUGGAGCUCUGGGGGCUUUGGGGGAGAUAUACGAGAUGUCGAGGGUACGUCAUCAACUGUGGCGGGGGCGGGCGGGGCAGGCCCAACGUGCAGUCGAAGGGGGUGCUGACGUCGCUGCUGUUGUUUGUGUCUGUCUUGCGGAAUCGGGAUCCCGACGACUUGGACAGUUCGGCAUGGAAAUCCCAGUGGGGUGACUGUGGUGGGGGACCCUGGAGCAUCGCGGCCGAUGUCGUCACGUUGCGAUGGCGGCGCCAGCGCAAGAAGACGAGAACGAUCCCAACAAACACAACGCCGCCCAGCACCGACAGGGCGAUCGCGAGCGUGGGGGUGGAGGAGAUGGCAUCAUCGGUUGUCGAAGGGCUGGCGGUCGCGGGCUCGACGACUACCGUAUCCACGACGAUGGCAUUUGUCUUGGUCGGCAGGACGAUGAGGAUGACAAAAGAGAAUGUGCCUGCUGACGGAAACACGACGUUGCCUUGAAAGACCAGACCAGAAGACGCGUUGGGUCCGAUCGGUUGACGAGAGCUUUUGCUCGUUGCAGUGUCAAAGGUCGAACACAUGUCGUCGCGGCAUGUGAACAACGUGGACGUCGCCUCGGUUGGAAUUUGAGAGGCCGUCGCAAAGGAGACCGACCAAUUCAGAGAAUGGGGCUGGUUCGGGACGACGAUCGCGCUCGUGUUACGAGCGAUCGAGACAGCAACGGUGCAGUCGCGAGGGCUGCCGAUGCCGAUCAAGUCCUUCGGCGUUGUCGUGGCUGGCAGCGCGCCGAUCCAACACGACGUGAUGGCCGUCGCAGUGGUCGCCAGCAUGGAUACGACCCACCACCUCAUCGAGAGUAUUCCUCCGUCUUCGUGAAAUGCCGUUGUGACGGCGCCAUGAGGCAACCUGCAUCCUUCACUGUCGUUGCGACCAUGAUGGGUAUCCC